AUGGCUCACGCCAUGAUUGCGCGACGCCAGCUCGCCUCGAGCUCUCUGGUCGGCAGCAGAGCCAGCAUCAUCGGUCUCGUCCAGCAGCAGUACCGUGGCUACGCGACGCCCCAUGGACCUCCUCCCGCCAACUUCCGACAGAGCAAGCGUGUGCAGUGGACGUGGGAUAAGGAGAGCACGCUGGACCGCAUGGGGAAAUACUUCCUCAUGACGGAGAUGGCGAGGGGCAUGUAUGUCCUGCUCGAGCAGUUCUUCCGACCACCUUACACUAUUUACUACCCUUUCGAGAAGGGCCCUAUCUCUCCUCGAUUCCGUGGCGAGCAUGCCCUUCGACGAUACCCCUCUGGCGAAGAGCGAUGUAUUGCCUGCAAGCUCUGCGAAGCUAUCUGCCCCGCCCAGGCCAUCACCAUCGAGGCCGAGGAGCGAGCUGACGGUUCCCGCCGAACAACCAAGUACGAUAUCGACAUGACCAAGUGCAUUUACUGCGGCUUCUGCCAGGAGUCAUGCCCUGUCGACGCUAUCGUUGAGUCGCCCAACGCCGAGUACGCCACCGAGACCCGAGAGGAGCUUCUAUACAACAAGGAGAAACUCCUUUCCAACGGAGACAAGUGGGAGCCCGAGCUCGCAGCCAGCAUCCGCGCCGACUCGCCAUACCGAUAA